AUGGAAGAAGAAGAAGCUAAAUCCAACGGACAAGGAUGUCGGAAACUGUCUUACCGGGGAGCUCGAAAGCGAAAAUGGGGGAAAUGGGUGUCGGAAAUCCGUGAGCCCGGAAAGAAAACUCGGAUAUGGUUAGGAAGCUACGAAGAACCCGAAAUGGCGGCGGUGGCGUAUGAUGUUGCCGCAUCACACUUCCGAGGACCGUCGGCACGACUUAACUUCCCGGAGUUCUUUGGGGCUCUUCCACGGCCCGCGAGCUCCCAAGCAGACGAUGUCCGGCUCGCAGCUCAACAAGCAGCAUUAAUGUUCAGAAGACCAUUAGCAUCAUAUCAAUCACCAAGCGAUGAUCAGACCCGAGUCGGCGGCGGCAUGGUUCCAGCCACUGUAGGGCCGUCGCUGAGCCAGAUUCAGGCCAUAAAUGAGUUGCCGUUGGAUUCACCAAAGAUGUGGAUACAAAUGGCAGAAGCGUUCAUGUUAGGGUUUGAUGAGUCGAUAGCAUUAUAUAACGAUGACGACGAUGGAUUGGAACUGAGAAGAUGGGAAGAAAUACUGAAUGAUCCUAUGUGGGAUUUCUAA